CAAAAAUGGCUCUUAAACUAUCAUGCCUUAUUACAACUACAGAGUUCCAUAACCUGAAUCUGUACCACCAGGGCUACUACUACAUCAGGUACAGACUCUUCACUGAGACAGAAGGGACGAGGUACUUCGCCCAGCCUAAUAGAGUUGUGGCAAAGUUUAAACAAAGACAGCCAGAGGUUAGCACAAGUAUAAAUGGAACUAUCACAGAAAAUGAAUAUCGGACAGAGGGAUUCAAGAUAGUCUAUAUAGGAGAAUCCAUCUCUUUGAAUGAAUCUGUGACCUUUAACCAUUGUGUUAAUCUAUCUUGGGGUGUUGCAAUAGAAGACGUCUGUAUUCCUCUCUUACUUGAAGCCAGUCUUCAUUCUGUAGUCUUCCAAGAUAUCAAAGAUCCCCAGUACCCUCCUACAGCUGAUGAAUAUAAAAUAGUAAAUUCUAAGGUGUUUAGGCUGGGAGAUGUGAUGAAGGGAGUCUUUAAAUAUUGCCCAGUUCAGUUUACAGGCGAAUAUACUUCUCUUCUUGAAACUUCAGUUCAUGCUAUUGUGAGUGAUAUAGAAGUCAGUCCAGCGAAGUUGAUAAGAAUCAAUCAAAACCUUCUAGAAUGUUCAGAAAAGCAGAAUACGUCCGAAGCAAAGAACAAUGAUCCAUGGUUUAUGAUAAAUCUUGACGAGAGCAAUUUGUAUAUAUCAGAUGUUGAAGAUCCAAAGCAAAAUAUGGCUUCAAAAUAAUUCUCAGAAGAUUAAUUUUGUAGAAAGCAUCUUUCUAUCGGAUGAAAGUUGGAGACUUCAUACUGUCACUCCUGAGGAAGAAAGAGGGAUGAAUAGAUUGUUAUGGGAUGUCCUCGCUUCUCAAUUUAACACUCUUCGAAGGAUUUAUAAAGAUUUUUAUAAACAACUUGACAAGGAGACUAAACUGUCAGAACUUAAAAUCAAAGCAAAGAAGAAGAGCUACAAAGGAAGAGACCCAACCGAAGAUGGUCAAGAAAACUAUAUCAGCGAGGACGAAAAUUACGCAGGUAAGGAUCAGAAAGAAGAAAAUAAGAUCUCAAUUAAUUUCAUUCCGACCCCAAUGAUGCUCAGAAAAUCUGACAGUUAUGACUCUGAUCAAAGUAUUGAAGAAAGCUGUGAUUUUGGAAUGGAUAUCAAUGAAGACUCUCCUGAAAAUAAACGGAAAUUAAUAGGACCAAUCGCUCGUGUCAAUUCAGAUAACUUUAGUAAAGAAAUCCCCUUCUUAGAGCUUAAAGAAGGAGCCAGCAAGAAGCAAGGUGAAAGUAUUGAAGAAAUAAUAGACGAGAUGAUCAAAUCUAAAGAUUUACUAAAAUAAGGACCUUAAUACACUAUGGAGUCAAUACAAGGCCUUCUUAAGAUAUAACGCCAAGACUCAGAAGGAGCUACACACAAUCAUGAAGAAAAAGCAUUCUACUUUGUUUAAAUAAACUUGUUAAUAAAAUAGUAACUACUGAAAAAAAUGCAAGGCUUGACACAGAACUAACUAAAGAGUUUCUUAGGUCUGUUGAUGCUAAAGCGGAUGAACUUAGAGAGUUAUACACAAAUUCGUACAUUGACCAAAAAGAAAGUUCCAGAGGUUUAGUCCAUAGAAGGCACGACUACAAGAAAGAUUUUAUGCCUAUUAUCUUUGAACAAGUUAUUCCAAAAGGGUCUCUUGAGCAAGAAAGUGAAAGUAAUGAUAGCUUAGAAGAAACCAAAACUCCUUCAAGAAAGAAGGAAAAGAAACCAACAAAAGGGAAAGUUCACUAUUUCUUCCUCAUGCAUGGAUACGCAAGUAGUUCUGAUGAUAUGGAGUUCUUUGCCUCCUGCAUUCGUCAGAAAUUAGAUAAUUGUUAUGUUUAUUGAUGAUCAAAAGCGCAAGGUGAUAAUGAUGCAGGAAUUCUUGAGCUUGGAGAAAUCAUAGCUGAAGAAAUCAGAUUGGAAAUCGGAAAAGCAGUACUGAGCGGAGAUUUAGGAAAAAUAUCAUUCGUUGGUCAUUCACAAGGCGGCUUGGUUCUGAGAGCAGCUCUUCCUCAAUUAGAAUCAUUUAAAUCAUAUUUUCAUGGCUUUGUAACACUUGCAACUCCUCAUGCUGGGUAUGUUCACUCAAAGAGUAAAAUAUUAUCUGUGGGAAUUUGGGCUCUUUCCAAGGUUGGUUCAGCUCCAACGAUUCCUGAAAUCAGACUCUCAGAUAGCAGUGAGAUUGAAGAAUGAGCUUUGUACAGACUCUCUCAAUACAAGGGUCUUGAUUGGUUUAAAUAUGUAAUCCUCAGUGGUUCUUUCCAAGACCUUUACGCUCCUAUUGAAAGUGCGCUACUCCAAAUCUCGGCUCGAUCUCCCGUUUACCAACAAAUAUGCGAGAACCUUUACCAAAAUCUUAACAAGACCAAGGUAUAUCGAGCCAGUGUUCAUUUCAAGCUUGGUUCCUCAAUUGACUCAUUUAUUGGUCGGAAAGGGCACAUUCAAUUCCUUGAAAACUUCUGUCUGAUGAAGACCAUUAUUGCCAAGUAUGACUGCGUCUUCAAAGAUAUCAAGAGUUAAUAAAUACUCUUAAGAAAUUUCAACGUU